CAUAUUCUUUUGUCGCGUUACUUUUCAUCGGACAAUUCAAGUAAAUUUUCUCGCCUUUGUUCAUCAAGAUUUAACUCAAUUCGAUUUCUCGGUGCUGAUUCUUUCGCGAAAAUCGGAAAUACGCUUCGCAGUACGUGGAGCGGCGCGCAUAGCGUUAAGCCGGCCAAUCGCGCUCGAGGAAACCGUUAGAAGUUUCCGUUGUGUGCGCGUUUAAACAUUCUAGUGCACAUUUGUCAUCUGCGUGUGCGAACCACUCCCGUGUUCGGAGUAACCCGUGUUUUCGCGAUCCUCGAGUUAAAAUAAGCAGAGAACAUGGCUGUUAACGUAUACGCCACAAAUAUGACAUCAGAUAAUCUCAGUCGCCAUGACAUGUUGGCCUGGGUAAAUGAUUGUCUCCAGUCUUCGUUUACUAAGAUCGAGGAACUGUGCACCGGUGCGGUCUACUGUCAGUUUAUGGAUAUGCUCUUUCCGGGCAGUGUACCACUGAAAAGGGUCAAAUUCAAGACUAAUCUGGAGCACGAGUACAUACAGAAUUUCAAAAUUCUCCAAGGUGGUUUCAAAAAGAUGAAUGUGGAUAAGAUUGUGCCAAUUGAUAGGCUGGUGAAAGGCAGGUUCCAAGACAACUUUGAGUUUUUGCAAUGGUUCAAGAAGUUCUUUGACGCAAACUACUCGGGAGCAGAGCCGUAUGAUGCGCUUGCUAUGCGAGGAGGGGAGCCUAUGGGUAGUGGCGGAAGUAAUGCACCCCGUGGUGGUUCUAAUGCGAAACCACGUAUUUCUCCACGUGAGACAGUAAAUUCGGCUAAAACUGCUCCUCGUACUACUGGUAUGAGAGGGACAUCCAUCUUCCAAGCAGAUAAUACAAACACUUUAGUAAAUAAAGUUCAACCGCCGUAUCGUCCACCACCGAAAAACCCGGCAGUCGGCAACCGUGGUGAUACCGGAAAAGUUGAAGAACUCACUGCACAGUUGGUCGAGUUGAAAAUGUCAGUCGAAGGUUUGGAAAAGGAAAGAGAUUUUUAUUUUGGAAAAUUACGUGACAUAGAAGUCAUGUGUCAAGAUUGCGACAAUAGCGGUGAUCCUCCACCUAUUGUACAGAAAAUUUUAGAAGUCCUUUACGCAACAGAGGAUUUAAAAAAAGAAGAAUCUGUGAGUGAUACUAUGACGGUUUUGCACCACCCGAAGAAUUAGAAGGCGACGGGCUAGCGCCCGACGACGAGGAGGAAUAUUAACCUUUCUUAUUUACGAAUGUAAUCGAAAUGAACAGCAAAUUAUCCAAGUGCGUUUCAGAUUAUCAUGCCUACGAACCAGUAUGAGUAUCCCUUGCAUAAUAAUUAAGCUACUUUAUAUCAGCAAAUUAUUCAGCAGUUUUAGCAGACUCUGCAUUCGCGUUUCGUUCAUGAAAUUGAUCAAAAUCAUUAAAGUUCGCACGACAUUAGGAUAGACAUAAAUCAAGUAGUGCACUUGAAUAACUUGUUCUUUAGCGGUCAUUGAAAAAAAAGAAAGGAGUGGGGGAAAGGAGAGAGUGUUAAAGGAGGGAAAAAUCAGUUGGUAAUCUUUUACAAGUUAUCACAAUUCCUUGUAAUAUUACAAUGAUAGAAUUCUCAAGAUCAAUGGCUCUCGAUUUGCCGCAAAUUUACGAAUACCGAAUAUCUGUUAAUGUUAUUUUUGCAUCCGCAUACUGUUGCGUAGCGAUUUACGUUAACUACACCUUUUUUUUAAUGCGUGAGUGUUUUGUUUGUAAAUGUAUUAAGUUUGUACCGACAAUGAGUCACGAAGUUUUUGUCAAACAGUUUUAUCCUCCGAAAAAUCUAUCUGUAGUUAUCUAAAACAAAAAAAGAAAGAAAUGUUAGUCCUGCUGGGAAGCUUAACCGAGAACCGCUCAGUUUGUCCAACCCAUUUUCCGUGCAAUGUGCUAAGCGGCCGAUGCACUCAGUGGUUUUGCGUGAGUUUUUACCGUCAGCGAAUUAACUCUUACUCAUCAUCGUUAAUAAUUGAAAUUUUAUUCCGCUUGCCAACAUUCUCUAUCUGCAUCUCACCGACACAGGAGCAUCGAACAUAAUACAUUCGUAGAUACGCGAACACUGCACAUACACAGUCCAAGUACUUUGGUUUAGUAAAUUAGACAAUGUAUGCUUUGUGAAGGCAGAUUGCGAGACAAAACGGUACGCUUAUGCACCCGAUUACUGAAUUAUGAAGAUGUGAAAGACUAAUUAAAGUUAGAAUUCAUAUUAAAAGAUUUGUCUAUUAAUGUUUCUCCCGUACAAAUAGAUUCUAGGAAAGAAACGGUCACAAAGAGAACGAUUUGCAGCCUAUUGACAGUCCCUCGAGAUGUAAGAAUGGCCUUAAAGCGCGGUGAAUUUGAGAUACAAGUGAAAUACUCAGAAUUAUAUUAGUAAGCGCGAAAGUGUUUCUGCAAAUUGUGUCGUCGGAGCACUGUCGAUUACGCUGCUAUAUCUCACUUUCAUAAAGUAAAAAAAAAAAAUCCGUAAAAUUAUACGUUUUGCGAGCAAAAGAGUGAGAGAGACGAAGAGCGAAAGAGUCACGGCGCGUAAAGCGUUUUGCAAAUGCUUCUACGUGCUUCGGCAUGCGUGUGUGCUUUCAAUGUUAUUGGUUUUGAUGGUCAAAAUCGAUAUUGAUCGUAAAUGUAUAAGAAUCGGAUUAAUUUUAAGCAAAAAGCGUCGAUAAUCGUGAACAAUUGUCUGAUUAGAAUAUAAUUCGCAUUAUGUACUACAUUUUUAUAUACUAAGUUCCAACAGGAAGAAGGGCAUACAGUUUGGCUUGCGUUCUGUUCGUCGCUCUGUACGCGCGCAUAUGUGCUUCAAAAUUUGAAAUUUCAAUGCCGAUGUAAUAAACGUUUAAUAAAGUCGACCCGAAUGCAGAUUA